AUGCCCUUCAUGUCCUCGGCCGUCGCAAGCCCGCCAGCACCAAUGUCGCAAACUCUAGGAAAAGAGACCGUCAGCAAUGUCUUCAUGGAAGACUCGGAUAGCGAGGACGACAUGCGGCUACCACAACCGCAAUCGAGUUCAAGACCAGUCCAGGCUCAAGAGCAGCCACUCUCAGACACCCGACAACCUCUUGCUACCCCACUACCUAUACAAUCACAAGACAGUCAGCAACCGCCUAGUCAGAGCCAUUCCCAGGACCUGGGUCUGUCACUCUUCGCCAAGCGUUCCAUACACAACCCCUUGAUCUCAUCCACCAACACUCCUACCACAACAAGAGUCGCCAUAUGCACUUCCUCUGGCAAAUCGUUUUCCGUGAAGAAGAAGCAAACGGCCGAGGGUCUGUCAACAGAAAGACUAGCAGCAUCACGUUCCGAAAUCGCCGAAGGAAGAGCUCAAAGAAGUUACUAUGGCGUCGACAUCCACAACCUGGUCAAGGAAGCCAAGGCUCAGCAGGUCAUCGACCAAGCAGAAGCAGAACGAAAAGCCGCCAUGCCCUCGAUUGAACCUGAUCUGCCUAUCGACAGCGCACAAAAGAAUCAACGGACGUUGAUGUGGACGGAAAAGUACAGAGCGCGCAAGUUCACCGAGCUUGUGGGAGAUGAUCGUACACAUCGUUCCGUCAUGCACUGGCUCAAGCGCUGGGACGAGAUCGUCUUCCCGGGCUCGAGCAGAAAGCCCAAGCAUCGCAAGAAUGCUGAGAAUGCCGAGCCAGAAAGACCACAUCGCAAGAUAUUGCUUCUUACUGGCCCCCCUGGUCUUGGAAAAACGACUCUGGCUCAUGUAUGCGCUAAACAGGCUGGCUACGAAGUUCAAGAGAUCAACGCCAGUGACGAGAGAAGUAGAGAUGUGGUCAAGGGACGUAUCAGGGAUAUGGUCGGCACUGAGAACGUUAGAGGUGUCGAUCAAAAGACUGCUGCGGGUAAGAUACGUAAAGCCGGCCGUCCUGUAUGUGUCAUCGUUGACGAGGUCGACGGUGUCGUUGGCGGCAGUGGAGGUGCUGGUGAAGGAGGCUUUAUCAAGGCCCUGCUUGAUCUGGUCGCUCUCGACUCGCGAAACUCGAAUAAAACUCGCUCACAACAGCCUCCUGGAAAGAAAAAGGGCGACAAUUUCCGCUUGCUGCGACCGCUUAUCCUGAUCUGCAACGAUGUUUACCAUCCUUCUCUCCGACCGCUUCGACAAAGCACGGCUGCUGAGGUCAUUCAUGUUCGCAAGCCGGCCAUCAACUCUGUCGUCUCGAGGAUGCAAUCUAUCUUUGAGAAGGAGAAUAUUCCUUAUGACGGCGAUGGUGUCCGAAAGCUGUGCGAGGCAUCUUGGGGCAUGACAAACCGCAAGGAAGGUGGCUCAGGCAGCAGUACUGGAGAAGGUGAUAUUCGUGGCAUCUUGGUUGUCGGCGAAUGGAUCGCAGGCAGACUCAGAGCCACCCACGAUCCAAUCGCGAACUCAAUCCAGAGGCUGACUCGCCGAUGGAUCGAGGCCAAUAUUCUAGCAGAUCUAUCUCAUGGAGGAGGCUCAGCAAGAGGCGUAGGCCGCGGCGGGCCAAAAGAAGUAGUUGAGCGUGUUUUCAAGGAAGGUGCUGGUUUCUCCAAACCCAGUAUGCUGGCAGCCCCUACCACCACCGCCUCAAUCACCGGCAUGAAAGGCGUAGCAGAAGCAGGAAAACGGCAAGCCAUGGAUCGUCUCCGCGAAAUGGUCAACACAUCCGGCGACAUCGAUCGUAUCAUGACCGACUGCUUUUCUGCGUACCCGGACCAGCCAUACCAAGACGACAACUACCUCAGUAAACCGGAUGAAGCGUAUGAGUGGCUUAACUUCCACGACCAGCUCUCUUCCGCCGUGUUCAGCCAUAGCGAGUGGGAACUAGCCACCUAUCUCGCCCAGCCAGUCCUCGCUUUCCACCAUCUGUUCGCCACACCAAACCGCUCCCAUACCAAUACUAACAAGUGGAAUGAACAAGAGACCACCGAAGACGGCGAACUUCCCACCCCCUUCUCUGGUCCUCAGGCCUCUUUCCAAGCCCACGAAGCCCAAAAGUCCAACCUCGAGAUCUUGCAAACGCUGCAGGCAUCUUUGUCGCUACCACUCCUUCGCAUGUUUCCCUCACCCAUCGCCAUGUCCACCGAAUUCAUACCUUUCCUGAUGCGCAUGCUGAACCCCAACGUCUCGCCAGUAGUGGUCCAAAACUCGGGCAUUUCCACCGCCAGCGUCCGCAAAGCCAGCGAGAAACUGCUCGUGCAGAGGUCUGUCAAUGCGAUGGCGGCCUCUGGUGUGCGCUUCGAUCGCAUCCGUUUGGACUCUGAAGGGCAAUCGCACUCCGGACCUCAGACAUGGGUGUAUCGUAUGGAACCCGCCAUCGACGACUUGUCCGUGUUUGAAACUCUGGAUCUAAAGGCAGCAGGCAUGGCAGCGGUUGAUCGCACGCGCUUUGCGGUCAGACAGGUCCUCGAUCAAGAAUUCAACGUUGCAUCUAAGAAGCAGCAGGAAGCGGCCAGAGUAAACAGAGGCGGUAUCUUGACUUCUUUGGGCGAGGCAGUGGCCGGUGCUUCUGUGCCUUCCCUUCCCAACGACCACAGUAAAAAGCUCAAGCGAGAUUUCUUUGGCAGAGUUGUUGCCGNNAGGAAGAGGAAAGAGAACCACAAGAAGGAGAUACAGAGGAAGAUAGCGAACUUGCGGCCAAGAAGAAAAAGCAAAAGANUGGAGGAUGCGGGAGACAAGGAGAGGGUAUGGGUGACCUUCCACGAGGGUUACUCCAAUGCAGUGAGGAAACCCGUGUCGCUCAAGGAGUUGCUGGCAGCCAUGUAG